GCCUGCGGCUCAGAGCCUGCGGGAAGUUUCCCUCGGGCGUCUGCGGGAGCGUGGGCAGGCAGCGCCGGGGCGCUGUGGGUUCCACCAAGUCCCCUUGUCCCGCUCCUGCCUUCUCCCCGGGCCCGGGGCUUCCACCCCGAGAAGGUGGCUGCCGUGUGUUCGCUAGGCUGUACUUUGCUAGGGUGAGGACCGCGACGAAAGUGAGCAGGGAGUCCGACCCGCCUUUCCUUGGCCCGUCCCCCGGGUCAACCCUGCCUUUGAACCGCCCCUCAGUUCAGCCUCGCUGGCUCGCCCGGGUCGACUCCAGAGUACCAUCCAUGGCUGCGCUGGGCUGCGCGAGGCUGAGGUGGGCGCUGCUGACCACGCGAGCGCCUGGCCGUGGCCUCUGCCCACACGGGGCCAGAGCCAAGGCCGCGAUCCCUGCCACCCUCCCGGCGGACCAGGCAGCCGAGACACCAGGCGCGGGUCCUGGCGAUCGGCGGCGGCUGCGGAGCUUGGAGGAACUUCCUAGGCAAGGGCAGUUGGCCUUUUUUUUCCAGCUGUUCGUGCAAGGCUAUGUUCUGCGCCUGCAUGAGCUCCAGGUGAUGAACAAGGCCAAGCAUGGGCCAAUGUGGUUAUCCAGCUUUGGGUCUCAUACCCUUGUGAACCUGGCCAGCGCGCCACUCGUGGAGCAAGUGAUGCGGCAGGAGGGCAAGUACCCCGUAAGGGACUACAUGGAGCUGUGGAAGGAGCACCGGGAUCAUCAGGGCCUGUCGUAUGGGCCCUUUACCACACAAGGACAGAACUGGUACCAGCUGCGCCAGGCUCUGAACCAGCGGAUGCUGAAGCCAGCAGAGGCUGCGCUCUACACGGAUUCUUUAAAUGAGGUGAUCAGUGACUUUAUGGUUCGACUGGACCAGGUGAGAGCGGAGAGUGCCUCAGGAGAUCAGGUGCCCGACAUAGCUCACCUCUUCUACCACUUUGCCUUGGAAGCUAUUUGCUACAUCCUGUUUGAGAAACGGAUGGGCUGCCUGGAGACCUCCAUCCCCCAAGACACUGCAGCCUUCAUCAGAUCUGUGGGACUCAUGUUCCAGAACUCAGUCUAUUCAACCUUCCUCCCCAAGUGGACUCGUCCCCUGCUGCCCUUCUGGAGGCGAUACCUGGCUGGCUGGGACACCAUCUUCUCCUUUGGGAAGAAGUUGAUUGAUCAGAAAGUCAAGGAAGUGGAGGCCCAGCUGCAGGCUUGUGGGCCAGACAGGGUCCAGGUAUCUGGCUACCUGCACUUCCUGCUGACCAGUGAACUGCUCAGUCCUCAGGAGGCUCUCGGCAGCCUGCCUGAGCUGCUUCUGGCUGGAGUGGACACGACUUCCAACACACUGACGUGGACUCUGUACCACCUUUCAAAGAACCCAGCGAUCCAAGAGGCCUUGCAUGAGGAAGUGGUGGGUGUGGUGCCCACUGGGCAGGUGCCCCAGCACAAGGACUUUGCUCACAUGCCUUUGCUCAAAGCUGUGAUUAAGGAGACCCUGCGCCUCUACCCUGUGGUCCCCACAAACUCCCGGAUCGUGGAUAAGGAAAUUGAAGUUGACGGUUUCCUCUUCCCCAAGAAUACCCAGUUUGUGUUCUGCCACUAUGUGGUGUCCCGGGACCCCAGCUCCUUCUCUGAGCCUGAGAGCUUCCAGCCUCACCGCUGGCUGAGGAAGAGUGAGCCUGCCAUUCCCAGGAACCAGCACCCAUUUGGCUCUGUGCCAUUUGGCUAUGGGGUCAGGGCCUGCCUGGGCCGCAGGAUUGCCGAGCUGGAGAUGCAGCUGCUGCUGGCAAGGCUGAUGCAGCACUAUAAGGUGGUCCUGGCCCCUGAGACUGGGGAGGUGAAAACGGUAUCCCGCAUUGUCCUGGUUCCCAGUAAGAAGGUGGGCCUGCGUUUCCUGCAGAGACAGUGCUGAGCAGGCACCUGCCUUCUUGAGUCUUGUCCCAAGGUCCCAGUCCUGGUACAAUAGUCCUUGCCCACUGCCGGGUCUCAGAUGAGGAGGAAAGUAAGGGGACUGCCGACUCAAUGGACUGGAGGAACUCAGUGUCCUCCCACAGAACGCUGAGCUUUUGACACGCUUAUACCACUGUGAGCAACUCCCACUUGGAUGAAAGACCAUCUCCUAUGCAUUGCUAUCCUUGGUACAACAUAAACUAAAAGGACUUCUACUAAU